UUGAACAGAGAGGGAAAAUCCUCCGUGUUUCAUUCGCUGACAGCCCCCCUCUCCUUCCUCCCGACCCGGUGUUUAGUCCGACUUCUGAACUUUUCCGGCGGUUCUAACUUCCAACAAAAAAUGGACACCUGACGGUUUUUGAGAGGAAGAAGCGGGACAGCUCUUCUGUUGUGGUGGCUGCAGCGGGCAGGAGGACUGUCGGAACACAUGAAACAGGUGGAGGGAGAUGCCUGAACUGCGCGGCGCAGCCGCAGCACCAACAGGGAAGAUGCGGAAGGAUACGCGGUGACGCAAAAAAAAAAAAAGAAGCAGAGGCUCCUCCGCUGCAGCGAGCGGAGCAGAGAGGAGGGGGGAGGCAGAGGGUGAUCAUCACUCCAGAGCUCAGCAGCAUCAUGGCUCCUAUCGGAUUAAAGGCGGUGGUCGGAGAAAAGAUUAUGAAUGAUGUGAUCAAGAAGGUGAAGAAGAAGGGAGAAUGGAAGGCACUGAUCGUGGACCAGCUGAGCAUGAGGAUGUUGUCCUCCUGCUGCAAGAUGACAGACAUCAUGACGGAGGGGAUUACAAUUGUGGAGGAUAUCAACAAACGGCGGGAGCCUCUCCCCAGCCUGGAGGCCAUUUACCUGAUUACACCUACAGAGAAGUCUGUCAACACCCUCGUUGGAGACUUCAAGGACCCUCAUUCAUCCAAAUACAAGGCAGCCCACGUGUUCUUCACAGACUCAUGCCCUGACCCUCUCUUCAACGAGGUGGUCAAAAGUCGUGCUUCCAAAGUGGUGAAGACGCUGACAGAGAUCAACAUCGCAUUCCUGCCCUACGAGUCUCAGGUGUACUCUUUGGACAACCCAGACGCUUUCCACAGUUUUUACAGCCCUCAUAAGACCCAGCUGAAGAACCCGGUGAUGGAGAGGCUGGCCGAGCAGUUGGCCACGCUCUGCGCCACGCUGAAAGAGUACCCUGCUGUCAGAUACCGAGGGGAGUACAAAGACAACGCCACCCUGGCUCAGCUGGUUCAAGAUAAACUGGAUGCAUACAAGGCUGAUGACCCUACCAUGGGAGAGGGUCCAGACAAAGCCCGCUCACAGCUGAUCAUCCUGGACCGGGCCUUUGACCCCGUGUCGCCUGUCCUGCAUGAACUCACCUUCCAGGCCAUGGGCUAUGACCUGCUGCCCAUCGAAAACGACGUCUACAAGUAUGAGACCAGCGGCAUUGGGGACUCUCGUACUAAAGAGGUUCUCCUGCAUGAAGACGAUGACCUGUGGGUGAGCCUGAGACACAAACACAUAGCUGAGGUGUCCCAGGAGGUGACGCGCCAGCUUAAGGACUUCUCUUCCAGCAAGAGGAUGAACACUGGGGAAAAGACCACUAUGAGGGAUCUGUCACAGAUGCUGAAGAAGAUGCCUCAGUACCAAAAAGAGCUCAGCAAGUACUCUACCCACCUGCAGCUGGCUGAGGACUGCAUGAAGCACUAUCAGGGAACGGUGGACAAGCUGUGUCGCGUAGAGCAGGAUUUGGCCAUGGGCACAGACGCUGAGGGCGAGAAGAUCAAAGACCCCAUGAGGGCCAUUGUGCCCAUCCUGCUGGAUGCCAACGUCAGCACAUACGACAAGAUCCGCAUCAUCCUGCUCUACAUCUUCCUCAAGAACGGCAUCACGGAGGAGAACCUGAACAAGCUGAUCCAACACGCUCAGAUCCCCCCAGAGGACAGUGAGAUCAUCACCAACAUGGCUCACCUGGGCGUCCCCAUCAUCACAGAUUCGACCCUCCGUCGGGGGAAGAAGAUGGACAGGAAGGAGCGUGUGAGCGAGCAAACCUAUCAGCUGUCCCGCUGGACACCGCUGGUCAAAGACAUCAUGGAGGAUGCUAUUGAUGAUAAGCUGGACACCAAACACUAUCCCUACAUCUCUACUCGCUCCUCUGCAUCGUUCAGCACCACCGCCGUCAGUGCUCGGUAUGGACACUGGCACAAGAACAAGACCCCUGGAGAGUACCGCACCGGACCACGGGUCAUGGUUUUCAUCAUCGGCGGUGUGUCCUUCAGUGAGAUGCGCUGUGCCUACGAAGUCACACAGGCCAAUGGGAAGUGGGAAGCCAUCAUUGGUUCCACCCACACUCUCACCCCUACCAAAUUCUUGUCGGACCUGCAGCACCCCGACUUCCGAGAGUCCACUAGGGUGUCCUUUGAGGACGCUCAGCCCUCAGACGAGUGAGGCAGAGACAGAUUGGGAGGGAGGGAGAUCACAGAAAAAAGAUCGACCAGCAUCUUCACCCCCACCACCCUGCUGGAACAGCUGAAGGCCAUGAACAAACCAGACGAGGAAGUGGCCAGCUAAAAUCCUCCAACCACAUCUGGUCCUCAAAGCCCCGCCUCCCUGUUUUACCCCCCCAAAGCUCCCCCUGCCCCCAACCAAAUCCUUUAUGUGUAUGCAUCUUGCUUGAAAAUAAAAAAAAAGUUAGAUUAUAAAAUAUAAGCAUCUAUGUCUUAUGAGAAAUAAACUGUUCUAAUGUUUUUGCAACCUAAAAAGAUUGAAUAUCAGAAGAGUUUGAAACAGAAAGUACCAAAACGGCACAUUGUUUCCCCUCGGGGGCGCCUGCUGCUCUCUGAGGGGGUCAUGCUGUAAAAUAUUUCAGUCUCCAUGCAAUAUAUGUGUGUUUCACCCGAUAGGAGCCCACUUUUGGUGUUCAGUAGCAUGCUUGGGUUUGUGUUUGUUUCAGGUGUGAGUGUUGUUUUUUAAAUGUUCAGGCUGAAUUCUCCAACAGCAUGUUUUGAGUAUCUAAGGAGGAGGAAUUCCUAUUAGAGGGGGUGUAAUGACCCAGGUUAGGGGGUGUUGGAGGGGGCGUAAUGACCCAGGUUAGGGGGUGUUGGAGGGGACGCUUCAAACGGUUUCUGUGACAUGAGAGUUCUGCUGUUCUGAGGAACGAUUUUCCUCAUUUUCAUAGAGAUUGAUACUCAAAGCAAGUUGUGGGUCCAAGUAUUCCACAUUUGAGGAACCUAAGAGCCCGUUCUGCCCUUCAGUCUGCCUCUUCAGACUGUUUUUUUUCUUAGCACAGACGCUCCCUGAACUUUUCAAACACAUCCUAAAUGUUGAAGGCCGUUGCUUGCUGAUGUUUAAAAAGGGCCGCUUGUAUUUCAGUAUUGUAUCCCGUCGGAUCCCGUCAUGGUCGGUCGGGCCAUGCUCGGGGUAGUGCUGUGUAUUUGUUGCUGUUUUUGCGUCUUACUGUUGAAUGGUGACUCUCCCGACUCGCUGUAGUAAAACUUUUCCGUUAAGAUGCCAAAUGUGAAGCCGCUGUGUUUGUGGUGUUUUAGCUGUAGUUGUUAGUGAAAAAAAAUACAUAUAUAAUUUAUUUGUCUCUUUCCUUCUACUGUGCAAUGUAAAAUCCUUCUGGUGGAAUGGCUUUGCAAGGAAGAAUAAAUAUUCCACUUCUUUUUUCCUUCCUUUUUCCCGGCCAAACAAGUUGUAUAUUGCACUAUAAUGCAUUUUGUGUGACGCAAAUGCUUGAUUCUGUUUUUUAUUAUUGUUUUGCGUUGUAUAGAGUUUAUGCUGUUAAAUCUUUUUGAUUUCAGUUGAAGUUAUUUAUUAGUAGAAAGUGAUGCUGAAACAUGAAUUUGUCCUGAAGUCGUCUCACUUGCUGGGAUUGUACGUCUGCGAGUGUUGAAGCACAAAAAGUACUUCCAUGUGUUACUAAUGUGUAAGGCUGUCUAAUAAAUUGGCUUCCAUCAUACCAAA